UCGUAAACAAUGGACGCCUGCUCGCCGUAGAGUGGGGACUCUGAAUAGCAUGUAGCUCGCUAGGUCGCUACUCUGAAUCUAAUUUAUCGACAGACGUUCUGUGGGUGGGCUAAGAUGAAUUGAUCCGUUGGAUCUGUAGCUGGGCGACAACACGUGCGUUUUAUUAUUUUCUUUCUCUUUUAUUUGUAAGCUCACAGCACAGCCUCGUACUCGCAGUGCACACACACGGCAUAACCCCCUUGCUAGCAAUGGCUUACCCACAGCCUCUCAAGAAGACGGGAGUGCCACGAGAAGUUUUAAAGUGGUUGCAAAGUCUUGAUUUGUCGCUUUCUACGAAGAACAUCCGCAGAGACUUUUCCAAUGGCUACCUUGUAGCAGAAAUAUUCUCCUGGUACUACCCAGAAGACUUUCCCAAGCACUCCUAUGACAAUGGAACUUCGCUACCAACCAAACUGAGCAACUGGUCUCAGAUUGAAAGGUUCCUGUUGAAACAAAACAUCAUGCUACCUAAAGAUGUGAUUGACGGGACGAUCCACUGUAAACCUGGAGCAGCAGAGCUCCUGAUUCAAGACAUUUACUCUCUACUAACCAACAGGCGCGUCAGAAGCCUCGGAGACGAUGAGGUCGACUUCACCGAUCGCUGUUACCAGGAGAACUUACCAAUGGUGGCCCGGUCCACGGCUUCCAAAGCGAUCAAGAACAACCUCCGUCUGAGCGAGGUGAUUGCCGAGCCCAGUAUCCACGCCAACAGGCGAAAGAUCGAGGCCAUCAUCUUCGCGCAUGUACGGCGGAGGCAGGCGGAGAGAGCCGAGGACCCCAAGCGCUUCAAUGUGAAGCCCACACUGGGUGAGCUGGCUGUCAGACUGCCCCCUCCAGAACAGGGGUGGAAAGAGCCCUCGUCGAGCAGGAGAUCUGCAAAGAUGUCUCCUGCCCCCAGCACAAGUAACGCUAUUGUUCAGUUCAAGGAGAUUAACCACAAGUAA